AUGGCUCGCUGUGAGGAGUACAGGGGAAAGCAGCAGGUGGUAAUCUCUGUGCCAGAAGUUCCCAUGGACGAGGAGCAGCUGCCCUAUCCGGCCCUGCCCCCUGUGGUGGUGGCCCUCGGACUCUUCGGCUAUUUGAAGAGCAACUGGAACAAGUUGGAUGUCUUGGUCAUCUCUGCAGAGGUGUUGGAUUAUUUUCUGGCUUCUCUUGGCAUCCACACCCAAGUGUCUUAUGUGUUCAGGCCAAUGCGAGUCAUCAGCAGAGUCCCAAGUAUGCGAGAGCUGGUGACAGUAUUGUCAGACAUAUUGCCUAUGCUUGCAAAUGUUCUUGUGCUCUACGCCUUUGUCCUCCACAUUUUCGCUGUUGUGGGAGUUCAACUGUGGGCAGGGCAGCUGCGCAACCGCUGCUUCCUCGGAGAGGACAUCCCCAAAAAGUACAACGUGUCUCUAACUCCAUACUUCCAACCUGGUGAAAAAAGCCCAUUCAUUUGUUCAAAUGACAAGAAUGGGAUGCGGCUCUGCCAAGAUGUGCCACCUUACACCAAAGAUGGGGAAACCUGCUCACUGGUCCCUGCAUUAGCUGGAGCCAGGGUUAAUGGCUGCGUAAACUGGAACGUGUUCUACAAUGUCUGUCGUGCCGGGGAGGACAACCCUUACAUGGGAGCUAUCAAUUUUGACAACAUCGGCUAUGCCUUGAUAGCUGUAUUCCAGGUUGUCACACUGGAAGGAUGGUCAGAGAUCAUGUUUUAUGUUAUGGAUGCUCAUUCCUUCUGGAACUUCACAUUUUUUCUGCUCGUCACCAUUAUAGGCUCCUUUGUCAUGAUGAAUGUGUGUGCAGUUGUCAUUGCCACACAUUUCUCAGAGAAAAUGAAGAGAAAGACACAAGAUCCGCAUGCUGGCAUUAUCAUGGAGACCUGCUACAAAUUAGUCUCCUGGCUGAGGACGAUUAUCACCGAGACCUACGACAAAUUAGGCUCCUGGCUGAGGAGGAUGUGCCAUAGAAGUUAUUUACUGUUAAUCAUGUCUCGUCCUUUUACCAACAUACACUGUGGCACGGUGAACUCUGCUGGCAGCAGGAGCAACAGGGUGAACUCUGCUGGCAGCAGGAGAAACAGGGUGAACUCUGCUGGCAGCAGGAGAAACAGGGUGAACUCUGCUGGCAGCAGGAGGGUUAUCACACUGGUCUCGAUGCCAUACAAGACAAAACUUGAGAGGAUCGUCAACAGCAAACUCUUCGACCUACUGAUCAUGCUUGCCGUUUUCCUCAGUGUUCUCACCAUUGCCAUAGAACACCAUGAGCAGCCUAAGGAGUUGGCAAGUAUGUUGCAGAUCAGUAACAUCGCCUUCACCCUUAUAUUUGUUGUGGAGAUGAUCUUAAAGGUUCUGGCCUUCUCGUGGGAUUACUUCAGGGACCGAAACAAUAUCUUUGACUUUGUCAUCGUUAUCAUCAGUUUGUGGGAGAUAACUUCUAAAGCUCAAGGCAGGUUGUCAGUUCUGCGUGCGUUUCGUCUGCUGCGGUUUCUGCGGCUGGUUCACUUCCUCCCUUACCUGAAGAGACAACUGGAAGUGCUGCAGAGGACAAUGCAAGAGGCGGCCCCGCUCUGCAGGCUACUGCUGUUUCUCACUUUGAUUUUUAGUGUGAUAGGUAUGUGCCUGUUUGGUGGGAAAUUCAACUGCCAUACACAGGAUGAGAGCAGCAUCAAUGAGCGGAAGAACUUUGACUCCCUACUGUGGUCCAUGGUUACUGUGUUCCAGAUUCUGACUGAGGAGGACUGGAAUCUGGUGCUAUACAAUGCCAUGGCUGUCACCUCUCCAUGGGCCGCUCUCUACUUUGUUGCCAUCAUCGUGCUUGGAAAAUAUGUCCUCCUCAAUGUACUUGUGGGCAUAGUAGUUGAAAGCUUCCAGGCUAAGGACUCCUUAGGUUCAGAUCAAGACUCCACCAGUUCCACUCCUUCCACCCAGCCUCCUGAGAGUCAGACAGAAAACAAUGAGACAAAUGAUUCCUCAAGACCCAGUCAAGACCGCUCGCUCUGUUCCUGUUGGUGCAGUAGACCUACUGCAAUUAACUCUGCACCUACAGAUACCAAUGAGGACAAUAGAUCUUUGAACUUCAUCCAAAAAGUGUUGUUCUGGUGCAAAGAGCAUAAGGACUGGUCCCUGUAUGUGUUGUCUCCACAGAACAGGUUCAGAAUCUUUUGCCAAUCUCUGAUCUCUCACAAGAUGUUUGACCAUGCGAUUCUGCUCUUUAUUCUCCUGAGCUGUGUCACUAUUGCUAUGGAGCGACCUGAAAUACACCCUAAAAGCACAGAGCGAUGGAUCCUGAAUAGGUCCAGUUAUAUAUUCUCCACUGUCUUCCUGAUAGAGAUGCUUUUUAAGGUUCUAGCUCUUGGUUUUGUGAUCGAGAAGGGUAGCUACUGCCGGUCUCCCUGGAACGUCAUGGAUGGGCUUUUGGUGAUUCUAUCCUUAACCCACGUCAUUGCCUCUCUGGUCAGUACAGGCAAAAAUAACAUGCUGGGCAUCCUCAAAGUUUUACGCCUGCUACGUACACUUCGCCCACUGAGGGUGAUCAAGCGAGCCCCGAAACUGAAGCUGGCUGUGGAAGCUCUGAUCGCCUCUGUUAAACCCAUCAGUAACAUUGUUCUCAUUUGCUGCGCCUUCUUCUUUUUCUUUGGCGUCCUUGGGGUGCAACUGUUCAAAGGGAAGUUCUACCACUGUGUGGGUGAGGACAUAAGAAAUAUCACCAACAAGGCUGACUGUCUCUCGGCCAACUAUCAAUGGGUACGGAAGGAGUAUAACUUUGACAGCCUGCCUCAGGCUUUGUUGGCCUUGUUUGUAAUGUACUCUCGGGAUGGCUGGGUCAACAUCAUGUACGAUGGGCUGGAUGCUGUGGGAGUAGACCAACAGCCUGUGAGGAACCACAAUGAAUGGAUGCUUCUUUUCUUCAUUUCCUUCAUGGUUAUGAGCUUCCUUCUACUCGACAUGUUCAUCGGUGUGAUGGUGGAGACCUUCCACCAGUGUCAGCAGGAGCAACGAAGGAAUGAAGGAGAAGAGGGAGGAAGGAUACUGCCAGACCAAAGGAGGGAGCCUGAGCAGAUGCCGUAUUACACAUACUACUCCCCCAUUCGAAAGUCUAUCCAUGCUCUGUGUACCAGCACCUUCCUGGACCUCUUCAUGACUGUCAUAAUUGUCAUGAGCGUCUUGGUGAUGGCUUGUGAACAUUAUAAUCAGCCUCGGUAUGUAGAGGAGCUUAUGGAUUACUCCUGGUAUGUGUUAAUUGCCAUCCUGAUCAUCGAAGUCUUGCUGAAGUUUGUGGCGUUUGGCGUACUGAGGUUCAUAAAAAACAGCUGGAAUUUGUUGGACCUCGCUGUAGUCUUGGUUUCCAUCUUCAAUAUCGUUCUCAACGAGAUACAAACGGCGUAUGAAGUUCCGUUUAAUCUCACCAUUCUGAGAGUCUGUCGAGUUCUCAGGCUAGCACAAGUGCUGAAGGCCAAAAGGAUCAGAGUUCUCCUGAAAAUGCUUAUCAAGACGUUAUCACAGGUUGGAAAUAUUUGUCUGCUCUUCACAUUCUUCUUUUUCAUCUACGCCGCGAUGGGAGUGGAACUCUUUGGCAAGCUCGAAUGCAGCGACGAUCACCCGUGCCUGGGUAUAAACAGGCAUGUCAACUUCAGGCAUUUUGGGAUGGCCCUGCUCGCGCUCUACCAAGUUUGCACCGGAGACAACUGGAGCGGGAUUUUAAAAGACACUCUGAGGGAAUGUCGUCCCGAUGACAACGGCUGUUUGAGCUACCUGUCCUGGGUCUCCCCAGUCUUUUUCACCACCUUUGUCAUCAUGGCCCAGUUUGUGUUAGUGAACCUGGUCGUGGCAGCGAUCAUGCAAGCCCUGGAGGACAGCCACAAGGAGGAAAACAUGAGGGAGACUGAGCAGGCCCUGUCGUCUCCAGAGUAG